ACCACUGGUAAGCAAGAAGAUGGACCAAUUUCUGGACAUGCAGAAUCUUCUCAUCCUUUGCAAGAUGCUCCUCAGGAGAACCGGCCUGUCAGCAAUGAAGACCGAGAGAUGUCGCAACAUGCCCUUCCAAGUGGUGAAGAUGAUGAAGAUGACAGUGAUAGCGACAGUGAUGAUGACGACGUGAAAGUUACUAUUGGCAACAUUAAAACAGGAGCACCAUCAUACAUGGGAACUCCUAUGAAUCUAAACUUAAAAACGGGUAGAGGCUAUGGAGCAACUGCUUCAGCCAAGUUGCAGCCCAAAGGUAUUGACUUAGAUGCUGCAGGGAAUAUAAACGGAUUGCCUGUUAUAGAAGUGGAUUUAGAUUCAUUUGAAGACAAACCCUGGAGGAAACCAGGUGCUGAUCUUUCUGAUUACUUUAACUAUGGAUUCAAUGAAGAAACAUGGAAAGCAUAUUGUGAAAAGCAGCGACGGCUUCAGCUUGGACUGGAUCCUGCUCCUCCCAUCAGCACUGAAAAUAAGAUCACAGUUCAGCAAGGAAGAACAGGAAAUGCUGAAAAAGAAGUGGAAAACAACAUAAUCAAAACAGAAUUCAAAACAGACUUCUUGGCUCUGGUGGGAGGACGCAUGAAGGCUGGACCUCCUCCUAAUAGGAAGCUGGGUGGGACAAUUGAUGUGAUCGGUGGCCAGGCAGGCACAAUUAGGAGAGUAGAAGGAAGACGUCGUGAUAAGCAUGCCUCUGAGGAGAACCCAAUUCAGGUCCUUGGAGACCAUGGAAGUAAGCCACAACCCCCACAGCAGCCCCAGCAACCAUCCCAGCCCCAACAGCCACCUCAGCAACAGCCGUUUGCACCACCAGCAGGCCCACCGCCUCCCCCGCUCGCUGGGCCACCUCCACCACACUUCCUCCACCCUCCUCCACCAGUGACUUCUGUUCCACCUCCCCUGCAUCCUCCAGGUCUGCCACCACCCGGUCCUAUUCCAGGGUUGUUCCCGCCUCCUCUGGCACCACCACCAGCUCUCCUCAUUCCAACCUUGGAUGGCCAGCCAGCCAGCUACAAUAACAGGCAGCCACCUCCAUUUGGCUACAACUCUGCAGAUUCAGGUUUCAUCAGCUACCCACCCAUCUCCACGUCCCACACGCCCUGGGUGACAACGGUGGACAAAGGCACAAGCAGUUCCAGCAGCAGCCAUUGGGAGUACUCGGGAUCCCGGCGCGAGAGGGAGCGGGAGCGUGAGCGCGAAAGGGAAAGGGAGAGAGACAGAGACCGCACUCCGACCACUAGCGAAUACAACAAUGAUGAUGAACGAUACCGCUACUACAGCCGAGAGCGCAGCUACGACUUUGAGCGUGACUACCGCCGGAGUCGAGAUCGCAGCAGGGAGCGAGAGGAUCGGCACCGAGAGCGCAGGCACAGGGACAAAGAGGAGAGCAGCAAGCAUAAGUCUUCAAGACGCAAGCAACAUGAGAGCGAGGAGGGGGAGAGUCAUCGGCGUCACAAGCACAAAAAGAACAAGAGGAGCAAAGAGGAGAAGGAGGCCAGUGAAGACGGUGCCCAGGAGGGAGAGGAGCAGGAUGCCAAGGAGUGA